UCAAAGAGCAAUGAAUAAGCUGUAUGUGAAUCUGAUGGAGGCUGAUCUGAUGCAUGAGGUGUCGGAGCGGCAGAGGUAUAACUUGAAACUGCAAGAGUUGAAUAAUCGCAAGAAGAAUGACAUGCUUCAGAAUUUCAAAGAUUUUUUAGCAAAGGACUGGAAUGCUGGAUUAGAAAAUGAAAAGGAUUUAUUGAUGCAAGAACAACAAAACCUAAAUAAUAAGCGGAUUCAGCGUCUUGAGGACAUUGUAAACAUCAAUGCCUUUAACUUAAAUAAAAACACAGUGCUUCAGUGGUAUGACUCCAUACAAGCCUUAAAUCAGGAAAUAGAAGCUCUACAUAUUCAAUAUACAAGUAAAUUACACGCAUAUCAUGAAAAAGUGUAUCAUGAGUGGAUGACAGAAAUUGACAGGUCUGAGGAGAUACUCGUGAAGUCAAAGGUGUGUACAAGAGAAGAGGCCAAACAGCUAAUAAUUUCUGACUUUCUUCCAAUUAUUGGCAAUUUACAACGUGUGUUUGAAAGUGAGCAAUCCAGCGUCGAUAAACACAUGGAGACCUUAGACCAGCAGAUGCACUUUCAGUGUAAAUGGAUAUAUUUGUUUAUCAAAGAAGCCACUCAACUGUGGGAGAUGCAUCAAGGAAACCUAGCUGACCAGGAACAGCAGCUGAAAGAGCAGAUAGAUGACUAUCAUAAAAAACACGACAAAUUGAAUCAGACGAGGGAAGCAAACCUAGAUAUGCUGAUUGACCAACUAAGACAGAGGGACUCAGAAGCAGAACUGAAAUCAGAUCUCAAAAAAGCCAGAUGCCUGCUGGAUGGUAUUAAAAAAGGAUAUGAGGCCUUUUACGAAAAGCAGACAAAAAUAGUUAAUGAUUAUCCUACCACAAUAAGAAGAGAGCUGCUCAGAUUCAGUACUGCUAUCAGUAAAUAUUUUGAGGUUAUCGAAAUCUAUAAGCCGUACAAACCAAAAAUAAUAAUAGCUGCUGCUACAGCGGUACCCAGUCUAGUUGAAGUUGCAGUUUCCCAGUCCGAAAUGAGUGAAGACAUUCAUGAAGAUGUUCUGGAUGAAAGUGAAAGGAGUUUAAGUGUGGCGGACGAACCUUCAGAAGCAUCAGUCAUUCUUAAGAGUGAGGAAGGAGCAGAACUUUCAGACCAAGAACUAAGCUCUCAUAUUCAAGGCCUCAGCAUCGAAAGUAUCCAUAAACAGGAAGAAGCUGAGAGAAUUAGAUAUACCAGCGAUUGGUCAGAACAGAAUCUAUCACAAAUUACAAGCCAACACUUAUCUGAGGAACAAUCUGAGGAGAAGUUGACGUCAUUCUCUCCCAAGGAACAAAGUGAUGCUUUGGCAGAGGCUGAUCAUGGCAAAACUUUCAUUAACUUUGAGCAGUUCAAAACCCCGAGAGGGAACAUUUACACAGUGAUGUGGGAGAAAAAUGGCAGAGACAGUAUGAAUAGGAUCACCUUCCUGACAGAAAUUGGAGAGCAGAAGCAUCUUCAAGAUUACAUGAAACAUGCAUUCCUUCCUGAAGCAACGUUUCUGGAAUUAAAGAAAAAGGUGCGCUUGAAUUUCUUUGAACUCUUAGAGAGUUGGUUUGACAAAGCCAUGAAUAAUGCCAAGGAUAUUACUGUGAUCAAGAAGAAAGAGCUUAAAGCGGAGUUGGAGCUGCAAAUGCACCUGCAUGAGCCCAGAGGAAAACGCAUUAAGAUGGAUGUAUUCAAUGUCAGAGCUGUGGAACUGCGCCUGCACAGAGAGAAAGUCGAACGUCACUGUAAAGGAGUGGAUGAAGUUUUGACAAAACUGAAGAAGGAUUUCAAAGCAGUUCAAUCAGAGCACUGCAACUUCAUUGUGGAGUUCCGUAACAACAUUCACAACUUGGAGGAGAUCUUUAAAACUGCAAAUAAAUCUGAAAGGCUAAUAAAUUUACUAAAGUCCCUUCACAACAGGCAGGAAAAAUACAUGGAUUCUGUCAAUACGUUACUUCGCGAAUUUCAGAAUAUGCUGGACAAAACUCUAGGAAAAUUGCAGGAUGACAAUGCGCAGUUUAUCGCAUCAUUCAGGUUAUUUGCAAAUGGUGGUAACUAUACACCGAAAGAAAUUGAGGAGUACAAUGAGAGAAUCGAGGUGAUAGCCAGUGGCAUUGCCAAUACAGAAGGGAUAAUUAUGGUUGAUUUAGAAAUCAUGGAGGCCAUGUCCUUAGAGCAGUCUACUGCAGUGAUCAAAGAGGUAGAAGACAAAUAUACACGUUACACAUUGGAUUUGAUCUUCAUUGAGAAAAUUAAACGAUUUCUGACUAACACUCAGACAAAAAUUAAAACUGAGGUGGCCCUCAGCAACAGCCAUACGCAGAAUAUAGCUUCCCAUCUUCAACAGUUUGAAAUAAAAAUAGAUGCAUGUGCCCGACCCAAUCUGGAUAAAGAAGUUGUGUUGCCUAAGGAACUGUAUCACUUCUCCAAGAUUAUCCAGGACCUUGUGGAAAAGAGGGCUCUUUAUCUCAACUGUUUGGUGGAUCCAGUUGUAACAGAAGAUCCCCUCCAAGGGCCAGUUGCCACAGCCGCUCAUGUUGAGUUUCAGACACGGGAGACUAAAAUAAAUGAGAAUCUGCUGCUGCCCACCAGAAAGGGAAAAGUCUCCACUGAAGAUGUGGCUGUUGCUGUUGUCAAAGAAUUAUUACAUGCCCAUAAAUCAGAAGUGUUACCUGAUACAGACAUUGAUACAGCUGAUGAAGUAUCUACAGUAAAAGCAGCAUCUCAAGCGUCAUUUGGUUCUGGUUCCCAAAAUGCGCGCUCUGUAGCUAUGUCCUCCAGAGGACAAAAGACAACAACACCUAGUGCAGUCAAAUAUUCCAAGAUAAACCGUUUUGACCCAAAAUAUCAAGUUUUUGGAGAAACAGUAGAAGAAUCUGACCAAUUUAAAGGAUCAAUAACAUUCAUUUUGUGGGAGAAUACUAAUGCUUUCCUGGCUGUUGCUGAGGACUAUUACAAAAAGAAGGAGCGACAUCCAGUCUACCGUGCGGAAUAUCUGAAGGACACAUUUGACCAGUGCAUGGAUGAGCUGACUCAAAGGAUGCUAUCAUAUCAAGCUCAGGCUGAUAUCUACCACAGCAACUGUCUGCAAGAGUUCAGAGAGCAGUUAAAGAUAUUUGAGGAGUUGGUCUCCUCUGUGCCUCCAUUCCUAAUUGAAGAGGUUCUCAAGCAGCACUUGGACUUGAUCACAAAGGUCUUGGCAGAAAAACGCUCCACAUUCAGGGCGAAAUUAAAUCAACUGGAGAACACCAAGACUGAGAACAAGCACAGGUUACGACCAAUUUUGGGUCACCCCAACAAUGCAGAGGUGCUGGAGCGUUUGUGCAAAGAGGAGGAGGCAAGGCAGAAUGCUGAGUUCACAGAGAUCAAAAGAAAUGCAAAGGAUCAGAAGAACUGUAUGCUCGAACAUGCCCAGAACUUUGUGGCUGCACUCUCCUCCCUCUCUGAACAGCUCUUCCUGGAAUAUGACAAUUUCCUCAUUGUUGAUAACAUCCAGUCUGCUCAACCAGAAGCAACAGGUGAAACAACCCGGCAGAAACGAGCUGGACCCCCAAUGCAAGAGGAGGAAAAUACUUCCACUGAUGAGGUGCCCCGUGAAAGCAGAACAUGGCCGGGAAUUCCAGCUCAUGAGCUUUCAGAAAGUUGUCGGCAGUACAACGUCCAGGGACCUGCAUCCAUGGCAUCUUUGUUUGUGGAAACUGCGGCUGUGACAACUGUGAAGACGGUACAGGCUGAUCUGGCCAUACUUGAGGCGAGAGAUUCUGCCUACGCGAAAUACAAGCAGCAUUUUCUGCAGGACAUAUCACAGAUAGAACAUGAGACAAAGGGGCUGCUGAUUAAUGCUCAGAAUUGGCAAAAUGGCUGGAGAGACUCUGUCGUCAAUAUAAUGAAACUCUAUGACCUGGUGCACCCUCCUUGUAUUAUUUCUGAUCCUGUGCUUUAAGUUACUCAAUGCUUGCUCAUUAGUUGUAUUUUAAUUCACUAAACUAAU